AGGUGGAGGUGAAGCAUUGAUUUCGUGAAGAUAGGAUGAAAGCUGUGAGUAAGUAGAUAACGGCGUCGCAAUCGAUGUAGCAUGACUGAAUCGAUGUCUCAUGACUUACCUCAGUGAUUGUGUUACUUUCAACCACUGAGCAUGAUACCGUAGCAUUUUCUCACUCCUUCUUUGUUCGUUGAUUCACGAUUCGCAUCAUUAUCGCCCUGAUAACCGCAUCGUAUUCUCCUUUUCCUUGACCUUGUUUUUUUUAUACCACUUACUUUACUCUAACUCUUACUUACACGACCAACUCUAAACACAACCAACGACAUCAAAAAAAUGGCGACUUUCUGUCCUCAAUGUUGUUCACUACUUCUAGUGGACAACCUCAAGUCGAAACUGGUUUGCCAAACCUGUCCUUACCAGUUCGUGUACACGCAGAAAUACUAUACGAAAGUGGAGUUUUCAAAUAAGCAGGUAGCGGACGUACUUGGUGGGCCAGAAGCAUGGAAGGACGUCGAGAAAAUGAACGCUCAGUGUCCGGCAUGUAUGCAUGGAAAGGCGUAUUUUAGGCAGAUGCAAACACGGAGUGCGGAUGAACCAAUGACAAUAUUUUACAGAUGUGAAAAAUGCACACAUUGCUGGAAAGAAGAUUGACGAGGACACCGAAUCACUCUUCAUCUUGUCUCAUUUUUACCCACUCCCACACGCACCUUUCCACCCCCGCUCUGAUUUUAUGCGCAACACCCUGAUCAUAUCAUCUCAAUACAAGUCCAUCA